AUGGCGACCGCCACAAUGACGAUGGUGAAGCCAGAGACCCUGGCAAAGAGGAGCAAACUGCUCCCGGAAAAUGAGCGGUUCCUACGCGCCUGCUCUGACGUUGCGAACGUUCUCAUCCAGGAGUAUGAGGCCAGUCGAGACCCGAUGAAGCCCAAGAAAGACAUCAAUCUCAACAAGCUGCGGGGUCAAAUAGCCAAAAAGCAUUCGCUGGCCGCACAACCACCUUUGACCGCAAUCAUUGCUGCCGUUCCUGAGCAUUAUAAGAAAUAUAUACUCCCAAAAUUGAUUGCGAAGCCCAUUCGUACCUCGUCUGGUAUUGCAGUUGUUGCCGUGAUGUGCAAGCCGCAUCGCUGUCCGCACAUCGCGUAUACUGGAAAUAUCUGCGUCUACUGCCCCGGGGGCCCCGACUCUGAUUUUGAAUAUUCCACUCAGUCAUACACUGGCUACGAGCCAACCUCCAUGAGAGCUAUCCGAGCCCGAUACGAUCCUUUCGAGCAGGCACGAGGGCGAGUGGACCAGUUGAAGUCUCUUGGACACAGUGUUGACAAAGUUGAAUAUAUUAUCAUGGGUGGCACGUUUAUGUCACUACCGGAGGACUACCGUGACUCUUUCAUAUCGCAGCUUCACAAUGCGCUCAGUGGUUAUCAGACCGAUAACGUUGAUGAGGCUGUGCAAGCAGGAGAAAUGAGCAAUAUCAAAUGCGUUGGUAUCACAAUCGAAACUCGCCCUGAUUACUGUUUGGAUCAACAUUUGAGCAGUAUGUUGCGAUAUGGAUGCACUAGACUGGAAAUUGGAGUUCAGAGUUUAUAUGAGGACGUUGCUCGAGAUACCAAUAGAGGUCACACCGUUGCUGCUGUUGCAGAAACUUUUAAGCUUGCCAAAGAUGCUGGCUUCAAGGUGGUCAGUCACAUGAUGCCUGACUUGCCAAAUGUUGGCAUGGAACGAGAUCUUGAUCAAUUUGUCGAGUACUUUGAGAACCCAGCCUUCCGUACGGACGGUUUGAAGAUCUAUCCUACCCUUGUUAUUCGAGGAACCGGUCUGUAUGAAUUGUGGAGAACAGGACGUUACAAGAACUAUACACCAAACGCACUUAUCGACAUAGUAGCUCGAAUUCUGGCGUUGGUGCCUCCAUGGACUCGUAUCUAUCGAGUACAACGUGAUAUUCCUAUGCCAUUGGUUACCUCCGGUGUUGAGAAUGGAAACCUUCGUGAGCUGGCAUUAGGCCGAAUGAAAGACUUCGGAACGACAUGUCGGGACGUGCGAACGCGAGAAGUCGGUAUCAACGAAGUCAAGAAUAAGAUCAGACCCUCUCAAAUUGAACUCGUCAGACGAGACUACACCGCAAAUGGCGGGUGGGAGACAUUCUUGGCCUAUGAGGAUCCUAAGCAGGAUAUUUUGAUCGGUCUUUUGCGCUUGCGUAAAUGCAGUGCUACUCACACAUUCCGUCCUGAGCUCACGGGACAACAGACUAGUCUCGUGCGAGAACUGCACGUUUAUGGAUCUGCCGUGCCACUGCACGGUCGAGACGCUCGCAAGUUCCAGCAUCGCGGAUUCGGUACCCUAUUAAUGGAGGAGGCCGAGCGCAUCGCUAGGGAGGAGCAUGGCAGUAAGAAGAUUAGCGUCAUUUCCGGCGUUGGUGUCCGAAGCUACUACGCACGUCUGGGAUACACACUUGAUGGUCCCUAUAUGUCGAAGAUGUUGGACGACGAGGAGUAG